GAAGCCGGUGCUUGCAUUUGGAUCUAGACCUUAUCUUGCUGCCAGACCAUCUAAAAAGCCACUAUCGUCUCCAUGUAACCCGUGUUUUCUCUCACGUCUCGGCGCCGCGGUUCCCUCUAAAGUUCGAGACGGCUGCUUCCACUGGUCUGCUUCUUCUGCCCCCACUACUUUUACGGUUACGGCAAUGUCAGAGAAACGAGCAGAGUUCAGUAACGGCAAGGAUGUCACUGCCGUAGAGGUGUCUACCAACAACGGCGAUUCAGACCUCUCCGCUCUACGCCAUGCUGAUGACGCCCUUCUGGCUGAACUGGGCUACAAGAGUGAGUUUAGAAGAGAAUUCUCCCUGUUCGAGACUGUUGCGUUUGCCUUCUCGAUCAUGGGCGUGGUAGCGUCGGUCUCCUCCACUUAUUCCUUCCCAUUGGUUUCAGGCGGUCAUGUUGGCAUGGUUUGGGGUUGGUUUAUACCUUGUCUCUUCGUUAUGCCAAUUGCCGCCUCUAUGGCCGAACUUGUAUCAGCAAUGCCGACAAGCGCGGGACUGUAUUAUUUUUCUGCGAAGUUGGCGCCGCCACGGUAUUCCGCCUUAGCAAGCUGGAUCACAGGUUGGGCGAAUGUGACUGGCCAAGUUACUCUCGUUUGUUCAAUUGAUUUCACAUGCGCGGAAAUGAUCACCACGGCAAUAGCGGUUGCCUCGGACGGUGCUGUAAAUCUGGGGGCUGGCCCGACGUUCGGCAUCCUAUUGGCUAUCCUGUUUACUCAUGGCAUCGUUUGUUCUGCUGCUACGAGCGUCAUUGCAAGGCUGAACCUGUUCUAUGUCAUGGUGAAUGUUGGGACUACCAUUGCCGCGAUCGUCGCAUUACUGGUUUGUUCUGGAAACAAUGGAACGAGGGUCUCGACCAAGGAUGCGUUUACCCUGUACGAGAACAACACUGGAUGGUCAAACCAUGGUUGGGCCUUCCUACUGGCUUUCACCGCGCCCAUGUGGACGUUGACGGGAUAUGAUUCCGCCGCUCAUAUUGCAGAAGAAACUGCCGGCGCAUCGCGUGCUGCGCCAAUUGCAAUUCUGACUGGAGUCGGUGCAACAGCAUCUCUCGGGUGGCUUUUGUACAUUGCAGCUUCCUUUGCUACAACGAGUGUGUCUGACAUCCUAGCGACCGAGUUACCACUGCCUAUGGGUCAGCUAUUCCUGAAUACCUUGGGAAAGAAGGGCAUGCUGGCGAUUUGGAGCCUGAUCAUCGUUGUUCAGUAUGUUACCGGUGCUGCUCAAGGAGUGGAUGCAUCCCGCGUAGUGUUCGCUUUCGCUCGAGACAACGCCCUACCAGGAUCUAGAUGGUGGAAGAAAAUGAACGGCUACACUCAAACUCCAGUCAACGCUGUUUGGCUUGUUAUGGCGCUUUCGGGAAUUUGUGGCUUCCUCGGAUUUAGCGAAACUGCGCUAUCUUCUCUUGCUGGGGCGGCAGUCAUUGGCUUGUAUACUUCUUACGUCACACCCAUCUUCCUUCGCAUCACAUCUGGUCGUAAGACUUUCGUCCCCGGCAGUUUUUCUCUUGGACGAUGGUACUUUCCCAUUGGUGUCAUCUCGGUUUCCUGGGUGACCUUCAUUGUUGUUCUCCUUCUGUUCCCGCCAGCGUCAAGCGUUGAUUCCGAGAGCAUGAACUACGCUGUUGUUAUCGUGAUGGCUGUAUUUCUGUUCGCCUCCAUCUCCUGGGUGGUCUCAGCAAGAAAGUGGUUCCACGGACCUGUUAACACUCUCGACUCCCCGCCGGAGACUUCAAGUGUGAAUUCGCAAGAAAAACAUCAUGAUGCGUAAUACGCUCUGUUAUCGAGUACAUUACCCUGUAAUAGAUGCUAGCAAAUGCUUUAACGAAGAAUCAAGCUCUUCUUUAAGGUAUUUGGCGCUUUGUAUUCUGCUCCAUCGUCCCUGGAAAUGUGACCACCAUUCCUAUGAAAUAU